AUGACGGAUGAAUCCAAGCGUUUGCUUACAGAACAUUGCAGUUCUUUCUCCCCCAUUAUUUUAGGCUUGAUCGAGCCUAAAACUGCUUUUCACAAAGUUCGUCAUUCCUUUUGGAAUUCUUUAAAUCUCAUUCCUGUUCAUCAAAAUUGUAGAGCUCCGAGAUGUUCUAAUAUCUGGGUUCUUUCUCAUCCGUCUGUGAUUUCCACGGUGGUUUUUUCUUCUGAUCAGAUUGUGGUGGUUGACUGUUUUUGGAACUCUCUUCAUUUUAGAAUUGGAAUUGUUCAUGGCUCCAAUGAACAAAUUCCACGCCGUGAUCUCUGGGCCGAUAUUCUCCGUCUUAUCACUGCUAACACUAUCGUCAUUGGGGAUUUCAAUGCCAUCAAAGGGGCCCAUGAACGUAUCAGUACUGUUCUGCCACACCGCGGAUCGUGCUCGGACUUCUGUAACUUUAUUAAUGAGUCUCAGCUCAUUGAAUCUCCAACGGAAGGUUUGCGUUUCACUUGGUCGGGACGCAGAUUUUUACCUCACCAUGUUGAAUCGGUGCUUGAUAGAGCCUUAUUUGCUCAAGGUUUCGCGUCUUUAUGGGAUUCCAUAGUCACUUCCAUUCUCCCGCGCCUCACUUCCGAUCAUUCUCCCUUGGUUUUGCAAUGUAAGAACUUCACGCCUUCCGAGAGAAGACGGUUUCGUUUUCUCAAUAUGUGGAUUCUUCACCCUUCUUUCAUGGGAAUGAUCAAGACCUCGUGGUCGGCCCCGAUCGACUCUCCCUGUCCUAUCAUUCGUGUCAUGCAAAAGCUGAAACGGCUUCGUGUCGAGCUGCGGGUUUGGAACAAGGAGGUCUUUGGUAAUUUUGACCGAGCUUUAGCAGAUGGGCAGCAGCUGCUGAAGAAUGUGCAGUCUAGAAUCUCUGAUAUGGGGUACACUGAGGAUUUAUUUGAGGAAGAAAUCAGGAUUCAAGCGGAGAUCAACGUCGCGCUUGCCAGGAAAAGUAACCUGUUACAGCAGAAAAGUCGGGCUUCCUGGCUCGUGGAUGGGGAUAGAAAUACGGCGUUCUUCCAUAGACUUGCCAAGUUUAGAAAACGUAGUGUUUCCAUUGCUAGAUUGAAUAUUAACGGAGCCGAUGAAUACAACCAGAAUGUUAUUGAGCAGCAUAUUGUCAACCAUUUUUCGUCCCUUUUCUCUGAUGAUGGCAGCCCGGCGGCUGAGCAGUUUGAAAUUGACGCUUUGAUACAGCCGUGUAUUUCCGAGAACCAAAAUCUGCUUCUCAUUGCGACUCCGGAUGAAGGAGAAAUUGCUGCAGCUAUCUUUGACAUGGACGCGAAUAGCGCCCCCGGGCCUGAUGGUUUUUCUGGAUUGUUUUUCCAUAGGUGUUGGCAGAUCAUUAAGUUGGAUAUUACUCAAGCCGUUCAGCGUUUUUUCACUCAUUCUUAUCUGCCUAGUGGGUGCAAUGCCAGCACUAUGAUUCUUAUCCCAAAAAAGGAGACUGUUUCGGUUGUGGGGGAUCUUCGGCCUAUCGUUCUUUCGAAUUUUUUCUUCAAAAUCAUUUCAAAGAUUUUGGCAUCCCGCCUUAGCUCGGUCGCGGCUUCGCAUGUCUUGCCGAAUCAAUUUGGCUUUAUAAAAGGCAGAAAUAUCCAUGACUGUAUUAUGCUCGGUUCAGAGGGUUUGAAUUGCAUGGAGCGCACAAACAAUGGCAUCAACAUGGCUUGUAAAAUUGACAUCCGGAAAGCUUUUGACACUAUUCGCUGGGACUUCGUUUUUCAAGUGCUUAGAGCUAAUGGCUAUCAUGAGACCUUUAUUAAUUGGGUGUCGAUCAUUUUUACUUCUGCUAGACUCUCUAUUCUUUACAACGGCCGUCUCACGGGUUAUUUUCCUUGCUCCAGGGGUGUUAGACAAGGAGAUCCGUUAUCUCCUAUUUUAUUUGGGAUUGCCGAAGAUGUGCUAGGAUUUUUAAUCAACAGCUGUGUGGAGUCGGGACACCUAAAACCUAUGAGUUUUAGUCGGUCGACUCUCUUCCCGACUCAUCUCUUUUACGCGGACGAUGUUCUCUUAUUCUGUCGUGCAACUGUUCGUAACGCGAGGAAAAUUCAGGAAAUUUUCUAUUACUACGGGAGUCUCUCCGGGCAGAGCUGCAAUCAGGAAAAGUCUAACCUCUUCUUCGCCCGUCGUGUCCCCACUGACAGGAGACGUCAGAUUCAUCGUGCUCUUGGCUUUUCGGUUGGCAAUCUCCCGAUGACUUACUUGGGGGUCCCUAUUUUUGUUGGUCGUCCUCGAGCUUCUUAUUUUAUGCCCAUCUUUGAUCGGAUUGUUCAGAAGUUUGCUAGAUGGAAAGGAAUUCAACUCUCCAUUGCCGGCCGACUUUGUCUUGUUAAAUCGGUGAUUCAAAGUUCGAUGGUUCAUUCUAUGAUGAUCUACAAGUGGCCCAAAUCUCUUCUUCAUUCCUUGGAUAGGAAGUGUAGGAAUUUUGUGUGGACUGGUAAUACGGAGCAACGUCCGAGCUGCCCGGUCAGUUGGGGCCGAACCUGCUCACCUAGGGAAGAGGGUGGUCUGGGGGUUCGCUCGUUCACUUUGAUGAAUCAAUCGUAUCUCAUGAAACUUGCUUGGAAGAUGAUUAAAGGGGUAGAUUGGGCCCAUAAGAUUAUGCGAUCUCGUUACCUUACGAUCUAUGGGUAUGCGAAGAAUAGCAUUGCCAACUCUUCUGUUUGGCUGGGUGUAAAGGAAGAGGUGAAUCAUCUGGUGGAUGAUUCUUAUUCGUGUGUUGGUCGAGGUAAUUACACUUACUUCUGGAAAGACGACUGGCUUGGUUAUAAGUUGAUUGACAAACUGCAUAUCCCGGCUUUCAUGCAUGAUUUUCUGAACUUUCCGGUUAAUGAUUACUUCUUUGACGGUGUCUGGCACUUUUCUGCGGCCUUUGUGAAUCGCUUUCCUGAUGUUGUUGCUGAUAUUUUGCUCCUCCCUAUGAAUGGGGAUGAUGACGCCAGGUUUUGGAAACACUCCAUUAAAGGUGAGGUCUCUGCUUCCUUAGCUUUCUCUAACCGUUGCCACCGUUUCCCUGAGGUGCACUGGGGAAAAUGGAUCUGGGAUUCUUACAUCCCGAUGCGACGUUCUAUUCUCUGCUGGAGGGUGAUUCAUGGAAGGCUCCCCACGAUGGAUAUCCUUAUUAGACAAGGGCUGGUUGCUCCUAAUUGUUGUUAUCUUUGCUUGGACAGCGCUGAGUCUAUCUCGCAUAUUUUUUGGAACUGUCCUAAGGUGAAGUUGAUUUGGAGGGAAUUCCUGGUUUGGUUUGAUAAAGAGGAUUUUCUUGAUUGCUUGGACAUUCACUCUUUCCUGGUGAUGGCUUGGUCGACUACCUUCAGUUCUCAGCUGCUUACGUACUGGAAGGCUGGAGUUAUUUCUUUGAUUUGGAAAAUUUGGGAUUCUCGGAAUUCUAAAAUUUUCGACAAUAUGAACUUUGAUGCUCAACGUGUGCUGAUUUUCGUUAAGUCGUUCUUUAAGGAGAUUGAGAUAAACUUUCAUCACACUGGUUCAACUGACAGUUCUUGGUCGGACUAUCUGACUACUAGGAGGCUGGGGAUUCAGCAGAGAGUGAAACCGCCUCCUCGUAUGAUUGAGGUGUAUUGGUGGCCUCCGACUCAUAAUUGGAUGAAAGUCAACACGGAUGGUUCGGCUAUGGGAGCGCCGGGUGUCAUUGCUGCAGGAGGUGUCUUUAGAGAUAAUUGGGCGAUGGUUCGUGGCUGUUUUCAUAUCAAAGGUGGUGUAGGUUUCGCUUUUGAAGCGGAGCUUUUGGCGAUUAUCACCGCUAUCAAUUUGGCUCAUGAUAGGAAUUGGCUGAGGUUAUGGAUUGAGUCCGAUUCUAUGUAUGUGGUGAGGCUCCUGGAUUCUCGCUCUUCUGAUGUUCCUUGGCGUUUUAUGAAUCUUUGGAAGAAUACCUUGCGGAUUUUACAAGAUUUCCAGCUUAUUAUUACUCAUAUUUACCGGGAAGGAAAUCAACCUGCUGACAUUAUGGCUCACAACGAUCGUACGGAAGGCUGGUGGCCGUUCGCUAUCAAUGAAAUUAAUUUGGCGGUGACCAGAGACAUGUCGACUCACAGUCAUCUGGCUGGGGCGUGGUUUGGAGGUGGGGUUGGGAUAUCCGUUUUCUGGAAGAGGGUUUCUGGAGUUGGUUUGCUGGUUGGCUGGAGUUGGGGGGAGUUUGGUUUGGGCUGGGGUGCCGACGGCGCUCUCUCAGUGCCCGGGUGCGCUCGGCGCUGGAGCAUUGCCGGUCGGACCUCAUUGGAUCCUCGCGGUUGGCUCCCGGAGCUGUCUCGCGUUGAGUUUCUUUGGGACUCAGUUGAUCUCGUCAUCGACACGCUGAGUCUUGGAGUUUUAUCUCCGUUCUUUUGGUUUUUCAUUGGCUUACGUUGGGCUCGUUGGCGGUUGCUCGCUAAUGGGUUUUCUUGGUUAUGGCAUUUUUACAAACUCCUGUUGGGCAGCUUUUUUGAGUGGCAGCAGGUAGCUUGGUUCUACCUGGUUAUCGUUUUCACCGAUUUUGUGCGCUCCUUGAAUGUGCUCGGGGUCGGCUUCUCGUGGAUUCAGCUGAUGGUGGUGCAGUUGGUCUGCUGGUGUUGGGGGAAUCGUGCUGGGUGGGUGUCGGCAACGCUCUUUCAGUGUCCGGGUGAGCUCGGCGCUGGGGCGUUGCUGGUCGGACCUCGUUGGAUCUCCGCGGUGGGCUGGCGGAGCCAUCUCGCGUCGAGUUUCUCUUGGGAAUCAGCUGCUUUUGUCGUCGACGUUCUGAUUCUUGGAGUUUCUUCUCCGUUUUCCUUGUUCUUUCGAAGACUUUCUACGUUACGUUGCCGUUUACUCAGUUUUGUACUUUCUUUUUUGAGUUUUAUUGGUUCUUGUGGUUUUUGCUUUGUUGCUUGUUUCUGUGUCUGGAGGCCGAGCGACUUAGGGAUGAUGGUUAGGCCGGAGUCUCUGAAGUCGUCUCUUUUCCGCUUCCUCACAGUUGUUUAG